AUGGUUUCUUUAUCGUUUAUUUUCUUUUUCAUUUCUUUUCCAACAUUUUAUUUUUCACAUUCAUUAGUCUAUUUCUUAUUUUUCUUAGCUUUUUACCUUCCAUAUCACUUUUUUUUUCAUCGUUUCCUUCAUUUUUUUCUUUCUUUUUUCUUUCAAAUAAAAAGGAAACGGCUAAUAUUGUCAUUAUCAUUUUUUUCAAUUGACAUAUUUUUGUUUGUUUCUCCUCUUUGUGUUUGUUUAUCCUUUUUUUGUUUCUUUAUUUCUUUUCCUUUCUUCUUUCUUUCUUUCUUUCUUUCUUUCUUUCACUUCCUUCAUGUCACUUACUUUUUUCAUUCUUUUUUCCAUUGUUUUCUUCCUUUCUUUCCCUCACGUUUUAUUAUUUUUCCUUUCCUUUCUGCUCACCUUUCUUUCUUUCUCUCUUUCUCUCACGUUUUCACUUAUUUUUCAUUUCCUUUCCGCUUUUCUUUCUUUCUCUUUCUUUCUUUCUUUCUUUUUAUCUUUCUUUCUUUCCCUCCUUCACGUUUCCACUUACUUUUCCCUUUCACCGCUCACCUUUCUUUCUUUCUUUCUCUCUUUCUCUCACGUUUUCACUUAUUUUUCAUUUACUUUCCGCUUUUCUUUCUUUCUCUUUCUUUCUUUCUUUGUUUCUUUCUUACUUUCCCUCCUUCACGUUUCCACUUACUUUUCACUUUCACCGCUCACCUUUCUUUUUUUCUUUCUUUCUUUCUUUCUUUCUUUCUUUCUUUCUUUCUUUCUUUCCCUUGCGUUUUGAAUUAUUUUUCCAUUCUUUUCCUUCAUUCCUUUAUUUUCCUUCCUUCCUUCCUUCCUUCUUCCUUCCUUUCCUUUCUUUCUUUUAUAUUUAGAUCUUAUUUUUUAAACUUCUUCCUUCAAGCUGAUAAUUCUAUCAGUGGUGUCUUCAUUUAUUGUUUCCCUUCAAAUACCUCGGCGAAACGGCUAAUUUUAUCAUUACCAUUUUUUAAAUCCACAUUUCUUUCUUUCUUUCUUUCUUUCUUUCUUUCUUUCUUUCUUUCUUCUCUUUUUCUUUGUUUGUUUAUUGCUUUCUUAGUUUUCUUCUUUCUUCUCUCUCUGUUUCUUUCUUUCUUUCUAUAUAUUUAUAUAUGA